AUGGCGGUUGCCGGAUAUCUAAACCUGGCUGCUGAUUUUGUGCACAAUUUCACAGAUGGGUUGGCCAUCGGCGCCAGCUUUGCCACCAACUCGGCCCUGGCCUUCACGACUGUGGUGACUAUUCUUUUGCACGAGGUACCCCAUGAGAUUGGUGACUUUGCCAUUCUUAUUCAAUCAGGCUGCUCCAAGAAGAAAGCGAUCUGGCUUCAGCUUACCACCGCCAUCGGUGCACUCCUGGGCACGGUUGCUGGCCUUUUGAGUGCGGAGCUCGGUGGUCUGACUCCUUUCAUCUUGCUGUUUACGGCGGGCGGGUUCAUCUACAUUGCUACCGUAUCCAUUCUACCGGAGCUGCUUGAGGUUCGCGUCAGGGUUCCCUCUGAUCGAUGCCGAAUUGUUCAGACGCCUUGGCGGCACUGA